AUGUUCAUCGGACUGUUUGACUUACCUGGCCCCCAGAACAUGACUAGCCGGCCGAACUCCCUAGAUCAGUUCUGCGUCAACUUCGCUAACAAGCGGUUACAGAACUUCACAGAGAAGAAGCUGUUCGAGCGCCACGUCUGCGAGUACACGACAGAGGGUAUCUCCCGCUUCGUUCCCCAGGUGCCGUAUUUCGACAACUCCGAGUGCGAGGCGUCAACGGACCACACCAUGACCGAGUCGUUCGCGAAGCGAUGGGGUAAUCACUCGUCCUUCAAGGCAGGCACGAUGGAUCGUUCAGGUUUCCCCACGUUUACUGUUAAUCACUUCAGCGGUCCAGUUACUGCGUGGACGGACGGCCCCGGCCCCGAUUGGUCCUUCGAAUAG